AUGGAUAUCGUUUACCACCCCGGCGUAAAUGGAUCCGAUCCCUGGGUCGAGUUCUAUCCCUAUACACCGUCUGCCUCAGCCGGCUAUGCCUUCGUGGCAAUCUUCGGAAUCUCAACAAUCGUCCAUUUAGUGCUGAUGUUCCCCUUCCGUGCUGCAUAUUUUAUACCUCUAGUGCUAGGUGGAAUAUGUGAGGCAUUCGGUUACUACGGCAGAGCAUGGUCGCAUGAAUCUCGAACGGACAUCAAGUCAUGGGCAUUACAGGAAAUGCUCAUCAUGUGCGCUCCGCCACUCAUCGCCGCUACAGUCUACAUGGUCCUCGGUCGUGUAAUCCGCUCCUUCGACGCCGAACACCUGUCAAGCAUGCGAGUCAAAUGGCUCACGUUUGUCUUUGUCAUGAACGAUGUUCUCACAUUCUGUACACAAAUUGGCGGUGCUGGUGUCCAAGUCACCGGGGAUGCCAAGGUCAUGGAUAUCGGCAAAAAGGUUGUUCUGGCCGGACUGAUCUUCUCCCUGGUCGUGUUCGCCAUCUUCAUCUACAUCACGGCGAAGUUCCAUCGACGACUCCAGCAAAUGCCUACGCCUCUGAUUAACCAUAACCCUGGUCUUCAUUGGCAGCGGUAUAUGGUGGCGAUCUAUGUCUCUUGUUUUGCGUUGAUGCUUCGAAACUUGGUGCGGACUAUACAGUUUGGUGCUGGUCGAACGGCUGAUGUCAAUACUAAGGAGGCUUAUAUCUAUGUUUUUGAUGCCUUUUUAAUGUUUUUGACUAUGCUUGUGCUGAUGGUUUAUCAUCCUGGUCGACUUAUUAAGAAGGCUCGUUACCUCACCAAGAUGGGUAUGUUCGAUGAGCGUAUGGGGGAGCGCAAUUCUGCUCAUAUACUGUUGUCGGACACUGAAAUGGGUCAACGCUGA